AUGUCCGGCCGCUCAAACACGAUCAAGGACAUCCGGUCCAAGAUCAAGCACGGAAACACCAAUCUUGGCGCAGGCACAGCUGCUUCCAGCUUCAGCUCGGCUCGAACACAAGUACCCCACGUCGGCGAAGCAUUCGGACAACACCCUGGCUCAGUAUCGAUAGGUGGCGGGGCUGGUUCGGGAGCAGGGACAUCUUAUGCUGGCCAUGCGCCGUCCAAUUCGAUGUCUAACUACGAUGUCGGACAAGGCUACGCCCACCAGCAGCAGUUGCAACAGGGAGGUUACAACAAUGCUGCUUCAUAUGGUCAGCCACAACAGCAUCAGGGGUCUAACAACAACAGCUCGUCUGGCUCCGCACUUGAUCCGAACUAUUCUAUGGCAGCUCCCCAGAAUCCAUCCACUGCUUCGUUGCAGCACAGCCGCACGCCUUCGCGUCAGGAGGCAGCGUCGGCAGUCGUGGAUGCCACCCCUCAUUCGCCAUUGCGACCUGCGAGGUCGAUGCGAAGGCCUCAACAAGCGCCUGAACUGCAGCAGCACCAGAGGGGACUAUCGUCGAUGAACACUACGUCCACGGCACAAGAUCGUGGGAGGGUGACGCCUCAGAGACCUCAACUGCAAAUCCCACCUAUUGGAUCGGCUGCUCAUGGCGGUGCUUCGAGUCCUUCUUCGCCUGCAAAGAAUGGGCCGGGGCGAGAUCUUUUGGCUGCUUCACGAUCCGGUAUCGCCCGCAAUCCUUCUGCUCAGAGUACAGAUGGCUCAUCAUUGCACCACCACCAACAGUCAACUCCCCCAUCGGAUCGACACAAUCGUACAGCACAGUUGAUGGCUCAAGUCGCACGUUCAGGAACGCCUUCCAGUCAAGCUGAUUCUGAAGAUCACGAAGACAUCUACGGCACACUUUCCCCCGUUGACGCUCCUUCGGAAGGUCACGAUAACGGGCUAUACAGCAAUUAUUCGAACCCCACCGAUCGACUUUCUGUCCCUGGCCAACGACCACAGCGUGAUCCACGUCGCCUCUCUAACGCCCCCCUCGGCUCUCUGACCCAACCCGAUGAGCCAGCAGCACUCAACUAUGUCCUCUCAGCCCUAUCUUCCGCCGGACGCAAACGUCAAGCCGCUCGCAUCAUGCGCGGUACAACAGCCGAAGAAGAAUCCCGACGACGUCACAACGAGAAGAAAAUCUCCGAAACCUCUUCCCACAUCCGUAAACCCAUCACCUCCUAUAUCGAUCGCAACGACCCUCGUGUAUUCCAAUCGAUCAAUGCCAUCCUACGCAAAGUCGAGGCGGAAUGGCCAUUCGUCGCAAAUGAUCAGUUCAACUCUGUCGCGCUUGCGCUGAGUAUGUUGGAUUCGAGCAGUCUCGGAGCGUCACGGUUCGAGUUUGAUCAGGUGAAACAGUUGAUCGAGACGAGUUUGCAGGGGACGGUGGAUGAUCAUUAUGAGAGUUUUGCGACGGCAAUUACGAUGCAUAAUAGUGUGUUGGCGAGUUUGACGGCUGCGCAGGGGAGUGUUAGUGGUGCAAGGAGGAGGUUGAGGGAUUCGAGGGAGGCGCUUGGGGCGAAAAGGGCGGAUUUGGUACAGAUGUGGCAGAGGAGCCAGGCGGUGAAAGAGGCGUUGAGGUUGUUGGAUACGGUAGAGCAUCUAAAAGCGGUUCCGGAUCGACUGGAGAGCUUGAUGGCCGAGAAGAGGUUUUUGGAAUCGGUGUAUCUGUUGGUGAGGUCGUUGAAGACGAUUGAUAAACCGGAAGUGGUGGAGGUUGGGGCGACUAAUGAUUUGAGAGCAUACCUCAAAGGGCAGGAACAGGCAAUGUUGGAGAUUUUGAUUGAAGAGUUGCAUAAUCAUUUGUAUUUGAAGAGCUACUUUUGCGAUGCGAGGUGGAAGGUGUAUAGUGCGGGACAGGAGGAGUUGCCGUUGGUCAAGUUCGGAUCGGAUUAUGGGGGCGUUGCUGGGGUAGAAGAAGAAGAAGGGGCCAGCACUGGUGCAGCAGCUGGAGAAGAAGCAAAGACAACAAAGCAGUCUUCUUCUUUACAGCUCACACGAUUCUUGCAAAGUCUUCGUUCGAGACCCAGCUUCGACCCCAACCUUGCCUCGGAUAUUCCCGAAGCUGCACUCAUGACUUGGACCAAAUCGUUCUCUGCGCUUACAGGCGAGCACACCUCAGAUCUCCAAAGCAACCCACCAAGCCAGGUGGGCGGACGAUACGGCCCCGACUUUGACGCCAACCCAGAAGCCGACUCCUUCCUCUACAUCGAGAUGCUUCUCGAAUCCCUUUCCCGUCUCGGCAAACUGGGCACAGCACUUGACAUCAUCUCUCAACGUCUCGCCAUGGAGGUCCACCAACUUGUCGAUACCACCAUCGAUGAAGUGGAUGCCCGUAACGAACCUCUACGUCGGUUCUCUGUCGCGCUUCGACCCGAAUCCGUCCUACUGGCCUCCUCUUCCGCUCUCGCACGCUCCUUCACCGAAUCAAUGCGCUCUUCACGCAGCUCGUUCAAUUUCACCUCCAACCGUCCCGUAUCGACCAUGCUCCGCAUAUCGGCAGGCGAAACAUCAGCGUUGCAAAGAGACAGCGAGACGAUGCGCGACUUGUUCUGGACGCUCUUCUCCAAGCUCGAUGCCGUACUGCAGGGUCAUAGAGUAGUAUACGAGGUGGCGGGGAUGAUUGCAUCCAGAGCAGGGUUUAGAGAUGAGUUGGCAUCGAAGAAGCUUUCUGGUGUGGGGAGUUUGUUGGAGGUGUGGAAACCGAUUCAGAUGGAAGUGAGGACGUUGUUGCAUGAUUAUCUGAUGGAUGAUGAGGGUGCGAGUGGGGUUAGGAAUGCGGUGGUGAGUGUGAAUGAUGUUUUGAGGGAUCAUCGGUUUGGGAGGGAUCGAGGGAAGCAGUUGUUUAGGUUGGCUGAAGGGGGUGGACAAGGCGUGAAGAAGGUUGGGAGAAGAGAGAUUGGGCCGUUGCAGAGACAUCAGUUGGCUGUAACGCAGGCUUUGAAGGCUUCCGUUCCCGGUUUGGUCUCUCUCGAAGCUGGGACGGGUGCAGGGGGUGUGAGAGCGGGGAAUCAGAUUAUUGUUGCUUCCUCCAACUCGCUCUCCGCUAGCACUUCUACAACGGCGAUUGUACCAACCGGAUCCAGUACUGGAAGUCGAAGUCGCGGUGGUAGUGGCGUAGAAUCCUACACCGGCUCCUCCCACCGGCUCCUGGUGAAACCAGACGCAUUCAACGUCUCCGUCCUCUUCCAACCGGCACUUGCCUUCGUCGAACGCGUUUCUGCCGUCAUGCCUUCCUCCGCAGCAGGCGAAACAUCUCGCGGCUUCUCUGCAUUCCUCGAAGAAUUCGUACAGGACAUCUUUCUACCUCAACUCGAAGAAAAAGUGCAAACCCUUUUCACCGGUGCCACAGGUCAGACCGACAGCUUUGCUGAAGAUCCCUCCUCCCGGCACCCUAGCUCUCGAUCAGCAGAGGUAAGACGGGUAGUCAAAGCAGCGAGUAACGUGAUCGUCCUGAUCGAUAGUCUAUAUUCGAUGUUGAGGACUACACCGUUUCAUAGGGAGAGUUACAGUCGGUUGAUUGUGAUGGUUGUCAUUCAGUUCUACCAGAAAUGUGGGGAGAGGUUCCGCGAUCUUAUCCGCUCCGAAGGUGGAGAAGGAGAGGAUGGGGAAACGAAAGUUACCGGUGGUGCCGCUGCAGCAGGGGAUGGAUUCGCACUGUCAUCGAACUGGGCACAACGAUCGGAGAUGGUGGCGUGUCUUGCCGAACUACGCGACGCCAAAACACCAUCGCAGCGGAAAAUGGAGUUGUUGGCGCAAGAGGCGAGAUUCGAACUGGCUUAUGCGAAGGCGAAACCGCAAUCUCUUGCGAUCCACGAAUUUACAACCUCCCGCAAGAAGCUGCUGGCAUUGGGAUGUCUGCAGCACAGUGUAGAAUGGUUCUCGGCUAAUGUGGGUCGAUUGAAACCUGUUCACGAGAAGCAGAGCUCCAAGGUACAUAACGAUGAUCCUCUUCGAUCUACACGAGCCAAAGCAAGGCUAAGCGUGAUCGAGCCUCGGGCGCUCAACGGUGGUCGACGGGGUGCAAUUAUCGACAUCAACUCUCCACCCACCAGCACUGGCGAAGAUGGUGUGACGGAAGAGAACCUCCCUCUACCCCUAACCCCAGACCUUGUCAGCAAAUUGCCCACUCUCCAAAACAUCUACCUCCAUCUCUCAUCCACCAUCCUCUUCACUCUUCGUCUCGAGAUGCGUCUUCGUAUCCUCACCUACCUCACCCUCUCCAUCACCGAAUCAACCUACCUAAUCUCCUCUGCUAUCGAACCUUCACCUCACAUCGUCGAUCUCAACUCCGACCUAGCAAAUCUCGAUGAUAUUCUCUCCGAAGCGCUUCCGGUGGAGUCAAGAGCUUGGGUUUGGAGCGGAAUCUCAACUCUCAUCGACGCUACACUUAUUGGGUUAGUGCAUAAGAUCAGAGCGAUUAACCGUCAAGGAGUGACAAAGGUGGUUAGGGGGAUAUUGGCUGUUCAGCAGAAUUUGAAGAAUAUCGUUGUGCCGGUGCGAACAACUGCUGCAGGGACGGUGGGAGCAGGAGAGGGAGGAAGUGUCGGAUCGGAGAUCAGCUUGGAAAGAGCUAAAAAGUUCUUCGAACUACUCUACUCAAAGUCUCCCGCCGAACUGCUUUCGAACAUGAAAAAGUUCCAGCAAACGUUCCGACACUCUACCAGCCCAACUACGCCUCAAGUCAAAGCGAUUGGUUUCGCCGAGCUACAAGCAAUCCUCAACUUGGCUCUAGGCACUGAAAACCCUCCAAAACCAAGCAGCAACUCAGACAAGGUGGGAUUGGUGCAGGCAAAUGCAGGAACGAUGGGAGUUGAAGGAGAAGUGUCGAGGCAAAAGCUCAACGAGUAUUUGAUUGAGUUGCACGAGAUUGUUGGUGAGAGCGAUUCGUCGGAUGACGAGUGA